CCUCAUUCUAUUUUUCAGACUAAUUGUUUUUAUCAAGGACAUGCUGCAGAAAUUCCAAACUCAGUUGUGACACUUAGUGCCUGUUCUGGCCUCAGAGGAUUACUUCAGCUGGAGAAUGUCAGUUAUGGAAUUGAACCCCUGCAAUCUGCUGGCACAUAUGAGCAUAUGAUUUAUCAAAUAGGAAAUGAUAAAAUAGAUUUUUCUCCCUUACAAAGAACUUAUCCUGUGAAACAAUUUGACGAUCAAUUCUACAGAAUUCUUGUGAAAUCAAAAGAAAAUUCAAGUGACAUACUGUUGAAAAGAAGUCUAAAAAUACAAAUGAUAUUGGACAAAGCCAUGUAUGAUUAUAUGGGCUCUGAGGUGGCAGUUGUUGCCGAGAAAGUUGUCCAGAUCUUUGGGCUUAUCAACACUAUGUUUUCCCAGUUUAAAAUAACUGCUACACUAUCUUCUUUGGAACUCUGGUCAGAUAAAAAUAAGAUUUCCACUAAUGGGGAUGCUGAAGAUGUGCUGCAAAGGUUUUUGGCAUGGAAACAAACAAAUUUGGUUCAAAGGCCUUAUGAUAUAGCAUACUUGUUAAUUUAUAGGGACCAUCCUAAUUAUGUGGGCGCAACAUACCAUGGAAUGGCAUGCAAUCCAAAAUUAGCUGCAGGAAUUGCUCUGUAUACAAAGACGACAACUUUAGAGGCAUUCUCUGUUGUUUUGACACAGUUGAUUGGAAUUAAUCUAGGAUUAACAUAUGAUGACAUAUACAAGUGCUACUGUAAAGCAAAUGUUUGUAUAAUGAAUCCUGAAGCAAUACAUGCCCAUGGUGUGAAGUUGUUUAGCAGUUGCAACCUGGAUGAAUUUAAAUAUAUAAUUACACGACCUGAAUUUGAAUGUCUUCAGAAUCAAACUGUUCUAAAAGUUACUUUACAAGGAAGACAAAUGGAGAGAAAUUGUGGAAAUGGGAUUUUGGAACCACCAGAACAAUGUGAUUGUGGCACUCCACAGACUUGUACAUUUCCAAAAUGCUGUGAUCCUAAAACUUGCACUCUGAUUGGAUUUUCAGAAUGUGGCACUGGGACAUGCUGUGACAAAAAAAGUUGUUUGCUACAUGACCAUGGACAUGUAUGUAGGAAAAGCCAAGAUCCAUGUGAUUUUACUGAAUACUGUAAUGGGACAUCUGAAUUUUGUGUUCCUGAUAUUAAAUCUGCUAACUUAGAACCUUGCUUGAAUUACACUGCUUAUUGCUAUGAUGGACAGUGCCGAAGUUUGGAUGCACAGUGUACACGCUUAUUUGGAAAAUUUGCAAAAGGUGCUGAUUAUCUGUGUGUGCAAGAGGUGAAUGCUCAUUUCGAUGAAUUUGGAAACUGUGAUGGAAAACGUUGUAGUGCUGAGGGUAUCUUUUGUGGAAAGAUAGUUUGUCACUGGACAGCAGCACAUUUACCGACAGUACCAGGUUAUGAUAUUCAAUAUACCUUCCUUGGAGGACAUAUAUGUAUGUCUGCAUUUUUAAGAAAUGCUACAUUAAGGUUUCACUAUGAUGAUACUCUGGUGGAUGAGGGCUCUAUAUGUGGUUCAAAUAAGUUUUGUGACUGGAGCCCUGGUGAUCAGUGCAAACUGGUACACAAUUCUGGAAAAAAGCCAAAUUGUGACUCACUGAAAAAAUGCGGUGGACAUGGGGUUUGUAAUCAAAACUUUAAUUGUCACUGUGAUGUUGGAUUUGCACCUCCAAAGUGUGAGCCAGCACCGUCAUCAUUUGGGGGAAGUAUAGAUGAUGGGUUUUGGCUUGUAUCAGAUCAAAGUAUGCCAUUGUUUAUCCAGCAACGUUCUGCUCAUCAAAAUAAUGGCCUUUUGAUCAGUUUCUUCAUUUUUCUACCUUUGCUCAUCCUAAGUGCCAUUAUAGCUCUAAAAUGGAAUAAAAUAAAGGGAUUAUGGAACAGAGAAGGAACAGUGCCUCUUAGUUCAGAGUCUCAACAGGCAGAAGGAACUAGCGAAAACAGUUUAUCUGAAUUCUGCCAGAAUUCAAAACUCUUAAAUGAGAUGUUCAAAUGUAAGUCAUCAUCUGUAGACAAGAAACUGUAA